AUGACAAACUUGCAUAGAUUAGCAGGUCCACCGGCCCACCCCAUCACCAAAAAUCCAUCCGAUUACCACGCCCCGUCGACUGCUGGCAGCAAAGCUAUCAUGAGCCAACUCAGGCCGAUGGAGUUUUGGGAAAACUAUGACCGAAAUGUAUUGAUGCUUGACUUGAUUCAAAGAAAGCUGCAGAACAAUAUUAGCAUCCUUGAAGUCUCGAAGCGAUUCAUCCGGACCAUGAGGGAUGGCGAUUUACUUGCCAUCGAGUUCAUCCCUCAUCUUGCUGAAUUUUGCGAAAAAACUGCCGAUUGGUUUGAUCUGGCGAAGUUAUCGAUGCUUGGUUUCGAGCAACUACGAGCGGUCUUCAACAUGAUCAAAUCGAUAAAGACCGCAGUUGAGCAUUCAAACGAUGCCAUUCGCCGUCAGGGUGUGUAUAUACACGGCCAAAAUCCCGUUGAAUACCACCGCUUUCAUGUUGCAGAUCUGAAUGCACACUUUGCCAGAUUUAAAGAAAAAGUCCAGGCCGACAUACGACGACGACAAGCAACGUCGACUUUAUUAGAACGUGAAACGCCAUCUUCCAAUCAAAAUGUCCCAACGAAUCGAGUCGAGCCCGCUGUCCACUCUAGAUCAUCAACUGUUGGUGCCAGCGUCGAUCGCAAACCAAGCCCUCCUCUUUUCCUCGAGACGGAUUCCGACACAAGCGAGAGCGAUGAUACUGACAAUCCGUUUCAAGCCGCGCGUAGGAAGUCUGGACGCGCUCGGCACGAAGAGCAAAAGCCUGAUGUCUCGGAAGAACCAGGCCGAUUGAUCAAAAAAACAUCUCAAGAACCCUCCUCACCUCCUAUUGACCCGGAAGCGGAUUCGGAACAGCAGAAGAGAAGUGUUUCCGAUGUCUGUGAGCCAGGGCAUGAUAUUUUGGAACCAGGUCGAUUCAAGACAGAGCCCAGCCCAGAGCUUUCUCCACCUCGAAUUAAGCCGGAGGCAGAAUCGGCACCAGAGGCUAGUGCCGCUGUGGUAGAAGAACGAAAGAGGGCUCUUGCAGAUGCGCAUAACCUCAGCUCAAACGUCUUGGGCGAUCUCUGGAUGACUCACCAUAUUCUCAGGUCAUCUAACAAGCUUAAGAUAACAGAAAAAGUGAAGGAAAUGUCAUUCCGAUUGGCUGAGCAGAGUGAAAUCGACCGUCUAACUUAUCCUCGAUCCCUGCAUCAAACUUCUUUAUCAAAAUCCUCUGAAGACGAAGAUGAGAAGCAAGCACUGCCGACUGAGUUGGUUAUUAUCGUCGAAAUUCUACUUCAGAGCGACCAAACUUUGCUCAAUCCUUCGCGACAUCUAAAAAUCACGAUCAACCGGAAAGAACUGCUUGUCCAUAAAUUUCAUGAACAGCAAUCGUCCAUCAAAUUGAUUCUCCCCGUCCAGCCGGAAUACUUGAAGGUCGGAUAUAACAAGGUAGCGGUGAAACAUUCAAAGGAGGGCCGAACUCAGAUGCAGACAACAAAGGUGGACUUUUCGGUUGAGUUGGUCACCGUGUUAUCGGAGAAGGAAGCGUUUGAGAAAGCGAUUCGGCUGACCUGCCCGGCUCAUCGGACGGAGUUUCUCAAGGAUUCAAGCUCUUCAAUGAGCUUGGUUGAUCCUAUCAGCAGACGAGUUUCUGAUUGCCCUGUCAGAGGCGUGAAUUGCCAGCAUUUCCAGUGCUUCGAUUUGCGCAACUUUAUCGAGCUCCACCGAUUCAAAUCCCACUGGACCUGUCCAUUCGAAUCUUGCAAGAAGAGCUGUAACCCGCUCGAGUUGGAAUUUGAUAACUACGUGUUGGAAAACAUUGCGAAACUUACGAGAAGUCAAAGGAGCCAAGCUUACCAGCUAUGA